GCCGCGCACAACGAGGCGAAAGUAUCACCACGGUAGGCGGGACACCUCGAGACCCAAUCGAUCUGAAGGGGGAGGGGUGGUUUGCUGCAGCAGCGGAAGCAACAAUCCUGACUGAGCCCCCUCGGUGUCAGUGCUGGUCGUAGUGCUUCUGCGAGUUUUUCCGGAGGGAUUCCGCCGCGCCCUCCUCAGCAGGUGGAAAUGAGUUCUCAGCAGUUUCCCCGUACUGGAGCCCCUCCCACAAGUCUAGGUCCAGUUCCUCCAAUCUCCACCAGUGGAUCUAUUGGACUGAUAAAUCCAGCAACAACAGUGAGUGAUGAAUCUAAUCGAGAAUUGGAAGUGACUCCCAGAGAUCAUGUGGUUCCUGCUGGCUCUCUUCAGUCCCGUGAAGAGAAGCAGGAAACAGUGGUAGUUCGACCAUAUCCACAAGUGCAAAUGUUGACUCAACACCAUACAGUGCCAUCUGGUGUACCAGUUACAGUGGCAGCUCCUCCAACUCAUUUGGCUCCAACAGUGUCACUUCCCUUUCCUGAGGGGCUUAUCAAGUCUUCUUUGAAGACCGGAAUACCCAGUCGUCCUAUUGCACCAGCACCACCAGCACCACCAUCUACUCUGUCUGGUCCCACCAAAGUCCCUGGGCAGGUUAAUGUAACAAUGGAGAGUAGCAUCCCACAGGCAUCUGCUAUUCCUGUAGCAACAAUAAGUGGACAACAGGGGCAUCCCAAUAGCGUGCACCACAUUAUGACAACCAAUGUUCAGAUGUCAAUUAUCCGAAGUAGUGCUCCUGGACCUCCCUUACAUAUUGGAGCUUCUCACUUGCCUCGAGGUGCAGCUGCUGCUGCUGUGAUGUCAAGUUCUAAAGUAACAACUGUCUUGAGGCCAGCUUCACAGUUGCCAAAUACAGCAACAGCUCAACCAGCAGUUCAGCAUAUCAUUCAUCAACCUAUCCAGGCAAGUGGCAGUCAUGAGUCUCGGCCUGCUGUGACAACUUCAAGUACUAUUCCGCCUGCUGUAGUUGCAACAGUCUCAGCCACAAGGGCUCAGUCACCUGUUAUUACUACAACAACCACACAUGCUACAGAAUCUACUCUCAGUCGGCCAGCACUGUCAAUUCAACAGCACCCACCUUCUGCACCUAUCAGUAUUCAGCGUCCUGCCCAGCCAAGGGAUACAGCAACCAGAAUUACUUUACCUUCCCAUCCAGCCAUAGGAACACAAAAACAACAGCUUCACCCCAUGGCUCAGAAAACAAUUUUUAGUACUGGUACUCCAGUAGCAGCAGCAACUGUGGCACCAAUUUUAGCAACAAAUACUAUUCCUUCUGUGACUACAGCUGGUCCCAUACCUCACACUCAAGCAGCCACUAGCACAAUUGUCACUGUGACUAUGCCCUCACAUUCAUCCCAUGCAACAGCUGUGACCACUUCAAACAUCCCAGUUGCUAAAGUCGUCCCCCAGCAAAUCACACAUACCUCUCCCCGCAUCCAGUCUGAUUAUACAGCAGAAAGGAGUAAUCUCAUUCCCAUAUCUAGUCACCGUGCAUCUCCAAAUCCAGUGGCAAUGGAAGCUAGAAAUGAUAAUAGACAGUCAGUGCCUGUUCAAUUUCAGUAUUUCUUACCAACAUAUCCUCCUUCGUAUCCUUUGGCUGCCCACACUUACACACCUAUUACCAGCUCUGUAUCCACUAUCCGCCAAUAUCCCGUUUCAGCCCAGGCUCCCAAUUCUGCCAUAGCAGCUCAGACUGGAGUAGGAGUAGCUUCGACAGUGCAUCUUAAUCCUAUGCAGCUGAUGACAGUAGAUGCAUCCCACGCCCGUCAUAUACAGGGCAUCCAGUCUACACCAAUUGGUGCACAGGGGAUACAGCCAGCACCCAUCAGUGCUCAAGGAAUACAGUCUACGCCAAUUGGAACCCAAGGCCUACAUCCAGCUACACCAAUUGGCACUCAAGGUCUUCAAACCACACCACUGGGGCCUCAGCAACCACAAACUGAAACCAAGACAUCAGUGGUCUUGGCAGAUGGAGCCACCAUUAUGGCCAAUCCAAUUAGCAAUACAUUCAACUCUGCUUCGGCUUCAACUACUGUGGUGCAAACUCACAGCCAGAGUGCCAAUUCUAGCACAUCAGCUCAGGGUUCAUCCCCACGUCCAAGCAUUCUCCGAAAGAAACCUACUACUGAUGGGCUGGCAGUGAGGAAAAGCCUAAUUCCUCCUCAACCAACUGAGGUUGCUGGCACUCGUGUAGAAAGUUCUGUGAGAAGUGCAAGUGGAUCACCAAGACCAACUGGUGUUAAACCUAAACCAGAAAUCCAUGUGUCAAUGGCCCCUCCUGUAACAGUAUCUGUGGAGGCAGUAUCCAUACAGAGUAAUGAGCAACCUCCUGUUUCAGUUCCGACUUCUCAGCAACCACAAUCUGCCAUUCCAACGAUCAUUACGGCAGCUAGUCCACCUUUGCAGCCCACAGCUGCUCAGUCAAGCAUUCCAGGAACGCUUCCAGCUCCUCCACCUACUUCAGCCACAGUUGUAACUGUUCCUCCACCUCCAUCAACCAUAAGUGGUAUCCUCUCUACAGUAUUGGGUCCUGUUGUACCAGAGAUAAAAAUAAAAGAGGAAGUGGAACCUUUGGAUAUAAUGCGACCAGUUUCAGCAGUCCCUCCACUGAGCACAAAUAGUGUAUCUCCAUCUGUUACAUUGCUGGCCAACAAUCUCACAGUACCCCAAAGUGACUUGCCGCCAGGUGCUUCCCCAAGGAAAAAACCACGUAAGCAGCAACACAUCAUCUCUACAGAGGAAGGGGAUAUGAUGGAGACCAAUAGCACGGAUGAUGAGAAAUCCACUACCAAAAACUUGCUAAUAAAGGCAGAAAAGCGCAAAUCACCUCCAAAAGAAUAUAUAGAUGAAGAAGGAGUGAGGUAUGUGCCUGUACGUCCACGACCACCCAUAACUCUGCUCCGUCACUAUCGCAAUCCAUGGAAAGCAGCCUAUCAUCAUUUCCAGCGAUACAGUGAUGUCAGAGUAAAAGAGAAGAAAGCUAUGCUACAAGAGAUAGCUAAUCAGAAAGGGGUAUCUUGCCGUGCACAGGGCUGGAAAGUCCAUCUCUGUGCAGCACAGCUAUUACAGCUGACUAAUCUGGAACAUGAUGUGUAUGAACGACUCACCUCCUUACAAGAAGGCAUUAUCCCCAAGAAAAAGGCAGCAACUGAUGAUGAUAUGCAUCAAAUAAAUGAAUUGAUACAGGGAAAUAUGCAGAGAUGUAAACUUGUAAUGGAUCAAAUAAAUGAAGCUCGAGAAUCCAUGCUAAAGGUCUUGGAUCACAAAGAGCGCGUUAUGAAGCUCCUUAACAAAAAUGGAACUGUCAAGAAGGUAUCCAAAUUGAAGAGAAAAGAAAAAGUCUAGAAACAAAACUAAAAGGACUCUGAGAACAAAACAUGUACAGAACAGUGUUAAAGUUCUUUUAUUGGAGGUUUCUUAUAAGAAGCAACAUUUAAGUAAAAAAAAGACGAGAAAGAUGUUGAAUUAAAACAUGGAACCCAGUGACCUUAAGAGACUAUUAAUAAUCUGUCAAUGGAACAAAGAUUUUUCUCAGGCUCGUUCCUGUUUAAACUCUUCAGUCUCAUUUUGUUUAGCUCUCUUGAUAUGUCCCAGUGCCUACUAGUUGGAACCAUUGACGCAGGUGUGAUAGUCCCCUUCAUCUUACAGUUUUAGACAUUACAUCACUGAUUUGUACAAUGGAUUCCUGCAGCAGACCUCAAGAGCCAUCUAUCUUGAAGCAAACUGACAUAAAUUGAAAAAGUGGGGAAAUGACACUACUUCAACUAAGCCCUGCCCAUUCAGGCUCCUUAUGAACUUGCAGUGGCUGAAGUAGCCUUCAUAAACCAGUGCCCUUGCACUGGCAAUUCUGCUAUGUCUAGAAUCAUAAGUGGUUCUGCAGUCUCUAGCUGUCUAUUUUUAAAAUACAUUUCAAAGUUAUUUGUAGUGUUGUGAAUUUUGUGCUGUGCCCAUGUUGGUGCUCCAGGAUAUUGUUUUCAAAUACAGCACAGUUCUUUCUGUAGCUGGUGUGAUACUGUUCAUUAUAUUGCAUAAAAUUGUGCUAUAUAACAUCUGAAAACAGAAAUAAAGGAUUUGGAGGAUUUUGUAUAAGAACAAUGGUUAUAAUUGUGUGAAAAAAUAGAAAUUGAAAAAGAGAAGAGUCUGUAUAACAGUAUAUAUUUUCUUUCAAAGCUGUUAAGAACAGUGAUAAUGUUGUUAAUCCAUCAAGAUUACAGGUAAUUUUUGAUGACUUUUUUCUAAUUUUUAGAAGCCAAUAGUUCUUUUAAUCCAAUCUUAUAAUUAUUGUGCUAAAAUAAGAUAAACAAAAAUAUCCAGAUUAUAUAAAUUUGUCAUUUUGACAGAAAGAAUCAAAACUUUAUGAAAAUUCUGCUCCUAUUGAUUUCAGUUAGGACUGCACAGAAUAAGAUGAUGCCACUAUUAAACAGAGCUCUGUUUAA